UGCAUUUGGGUGCCGCUGCUCCUGCAUUCACAUCCGCUCGCCUCGCUAUCAGCGCUGGAAAAAGGACUUUGAGAAACUGCGGCGAUGUCAGUCCAGGUUGUGGCAGCGAAAAUGGCAGAGGUCGAACUCAAAGACGUCUCCGCCGGCAAAGCCCUGCCGGCCGAGUCUCCGGUGACGCCGACCUCGGAGGAGAAGACCCUCGCCAGAAACGAGCCGCAGAAGGAGGCCGGUUCCUCCGCCGCAGCCGCUACGUCUCCCACCGCGGAGCCCUCCGCGAAAGCCGGGGAAGGCAGCCGGGGCUUGCUCACCCCGAGCGCCGCCAAGAUGCCACAGGCGUCCGCUUUGAAGCACUCGGACCCGCAGCAGAACGGCGGGGACGCUUUCGUGAACCGUGACGGCACGGUCGCCGAGGCUCCGCGGAUGAAAAAGAUCCAGUUUGCAGACCAGAAACAGGAGUUCAACAAGCGCCCGUCUAAGAUCGGCCGGCGCUCUCUGUCCCGCUCCAUCUCCCAGUCCUCCACCGACAGCUACAGCUCAGCGGCGUCGUACACCGACAGCUCCGACGAUGAGACCUCACCCCGGGACAAACAGCAGAAGAACUCCAAAGGCAACGGAGAUUUCUGCAUCAAAAACAUCAAGCAGGCCGACUUCGGGCGCAGAGAGAUCGAGAUCGCAGAGCAAGAGAUGCCAGCACUGAUGGCGCUGAGGAAGCGAGCUCAGGGGGAGAAACCCCUCGCUGGUGCCAAGGUGGUGGGCUGCACACACAUCACCGCGCAGACCGCUGUGCUGAUGGAGACUCUGUCAGCUCUGGGCGCUCAGUGCAGGUGGGCAGCCUGCAACAUCUACUCCACCCAAAAUGAAGUGGCUGCAGCUCUGGCAGAAGGAGGUUUCAGCGUGUUCGCCUGGAAGGGUGAGUCAGAGGAUGACUUCUGGUGGUGCAUCGACCGCUGCGUCAACGUGGAAGGCUGGCAACCCAACAUGAUCCUGGAUGACGGUGGAGAUCUGACGCACUGGAUUUAUAAAAAGUACCCCAACAUGUUCAAGAAGAUCAAGGGCAUCGUAGAGGAGAGUGUUACUGGUGUCCACAGGUUGUACCAACUGUCCAAGGCGGGGAAGCUGUGUGUUCCAGCCAUGAACGUCAACGACUCUGUUACCAAGCAAAAGUUCGACAACCUUUACUGCUGCAGAGAAUCCAUCUUAGACGGCUUGAAGAGGACCACUGACGUGAUGUUUGGAGGCAAACAGGUGGUGGUGUGUGGAUAUGGAGAGGUUGGAAAAGGUUGCUGCGCUGCCCUCAAAGCCAUGGGCUCCAUCGUCUACGUCACAGAGAUCGACCCCAUCUGUGCCUUGCAGGCCUGCAUGGAUGGCUUCAGACUGGUGAAACUCAACGAAGUCAUCAGACAAGUGGACAUCGUCAUCACCUGCACAGGUAAUAAGAACGUUGUGGUGAGAGAGCACCUGGACCGCAUGAAGAACGGCUGCAUUGUCUGCAACAUGGGGCACUCCAACACCGAGAUCGAUGUGGCCAGCCUGCGGACCCCUGAACUAACCUGGGAGAGGGUUCGCUCACAGGUGGACCACAUCAUCUGGCCGGAUGCCAAGAGGAUAGUCCUGCUGGCAGAGGGCCGUCUGCUGAACCUCAGCUGCUCCACAGUGCCCACGUUUGUGCUCUCCAUCACUGCCACGACCCAGGCUCUGGCCCUGAUAGAGCUCUACAACGCCCCCGAGGGACGGUACAAGCAGGAUGUUUAUCUGCUGCCCAAGAAAAUGGAUGAGUAUGUGGCCAGCCUACAUCUCCCUACGUUUGACGCGCAUCUCACAGAGUUGACUGAUGAGCAGGCCAAGUACCUGGGCUUGAACAAGAACGGGCCCUUUAAGCCAAACUACUAUAGGUAUUAAACCAUUGAGUUGAAUGAGGAAAUAUCAGUUCUCCAUGAAUCGCACAGACUCAGAGGGAGAAGAGGAGGACAGGGGGGAAGGAAGGAUAGACGGCAUAGUGAAAACAUCUGCUUUACAUCUGGAGAAAAGAGGAAGCCCUAACUUUUCCUGUUUCCUUCUUUAUUUUAUUCCCACCCGCCCACAGUAAUAAUUGUUUUAAUAAAACGAAUAAUCACUCUCGCUCCUCGUCAAACAACAGUUGUUUUACUUUCUCCCUCAUCUCUCUAGAUGCGUCGAGUUGUCUGUUAGUCCUCUAUCCUCCCCCCACGCUGCCAGAAUUUUGAUUCUUUAUCUCUUAAAAAGAUGAAACGAAGACUCUGUAAGCAAAACUUUGAUUGUUUUUCUUUUUUUUUUUUUAAAAGGUGUGCAAAUGAAGAUUUAGUCAUGGACAGUUCUUCCCCUUUUUUUGCUAUUAUUUCUUUCUCCCUCCUCGUCUUUUGUUUUCUACCCUUUGAUUUUCAGGGGUUUUUUUCAAAAAACAAAACAAAAAUAGGGCGGGUUGCUGGUCUUGUGUGAGGGCCUCAGGGGUCCAAUCAUAUCUUGUAUUUUAAUGCUUUUUUCCCCCCAUUUGUAUAAACAUAACUGGAUGUUGACUUGCUCUCCUCACCCGACUCUUAAACCCACAGUGAAACCAUCUCUUUGGCUGCUCUUUUGGUCUCCAGCUGCUCAAAACACACCAGUGUUGAAGUCACAACAAGUAUUUAAUCAUUUUCGUUUUUAUUUUUCUUUGUCCUUUUCUUUAACGAGAAAGACUAUACUGUAGUAGAAGCAUGGCAGAUUGUCAAAUCAUUACAAAGGUAUACUGUAUAUUUAGAUAUUUAUAUAGAAUUUAAGAUUUUUCUAUCUUUCCAUCGAAUCUUUCAUUUUUGACCGAAUCGUCGUGUCGCACAGAGAAGCAACUAAAUGUUCUAACCAUCUGUAAUAAAUGUACUCAAACCCUCA